AUCAAAGAUAAACUUAAUCUUGAUUAUACAUUAUUAAGUAUUAACUAUCCAUUUUUAGCCAUGAUUCUUUAAUCCCACUCCCACUCCCACAACACUUACGUUACACAAUUUCCUUCAGGUCCCACACCGAAAAAAUUCAAAACCCAACCAAACCCUUCUUUUUUCCUUUUUAAUUUUUUUGCCCUUUUAUUAAUUAUUUCCUUUCCCUCCUUUUUCUCUCCAAUCUUUCACACAAUAAAAUCGAAAACUCAGAAAAUUCUUCACCUUCACUUCAUCACACAGUUCGUUUCAACUAUUCAUAAUCGUAAAACGAUGUCGUUAGAUCCAGCUACAACCGUCACAACAACAACCGCCACGUCAUCAAGACCUAAUUCACCGUUCCCGAAUCCGAACACAAAACCGCUUCAUCAUUACGCAUCGAAUUCUCAACAACAAACCCUUUCUGUUCGUUCUCCGAAUCCUCCUUUUCUUUACCGUUUCGGUUCUCCUUCACGCGCCACCGCUAAUCACUCUGUUGGUGGUUAUCCUCCCCCGCCGCAGCAACCGCAGCCGCCGCUUUUGUAUUCCCACGGCGGAGUUCGCGGUGGUAUGAAUUUGGAUUAUCUAAGUCAAGCUUUGCCCGUGACGAGACCUCUCUCGCACGUGCAGUUUCCUCAUCUUGCUGCUGCUGCUGCUACUUCUUCUCCUACUGUUAAAGGACACCUCAAGGUUGGUAGAUCUACGGUUUCUGAUGUCAACGGCCAUAAAGAUUCAAGCGCGAGGGAAAGAAGCAGAGAUGAUACACUUACUGUUGUCCGAGACCGAAAAGUCAGAAUAACAGAGGAUGCUUCUCUGUAUGCACUUUGUAGAUCAUGGAUGAGAAACGGUGUACAUGAAGAAAGCCAGCCACUACAGAAAGAUGUAACGAUGGCACUUCCCAAACCAUCACCUGCAUCUAUGGUGGAUACCUGUACCUCGAACAAGAAAGAUGAUGAAAAUGAAGAUGAGCAAGAGGAUGAGAAGUCUGUUGAGCACUUAUCAACACAAGAUCUAUUGAAGAGACAUAUUAAACGUGCGAAAAGAGUUAGAGCACAUUUGAGGGAAGAACGGUCGCAGCGCAUUGCAAGAUACAGAAGUAGGCUUAGGCUUUUGGUUCCUCCACCCGCCUGAACAGUUUAGAAAUGACAUAGCUGCUGGGAACUUACCUUGCUGUGACCCUAAAGACAUCAGGGUUAUCAGAUGACUCUUCAUUGUAGUGUAUUUAAUUUAAAACUGUUUGUGGUUCCUUAAAGAACAAUAUUUAUUUUUAGCAGUAGUAGCCGAUGUAAAAAUCUAUUUGGAAAUGGAUGUAGAUUUUUCAUCGUUUCUCUAUAAUAAUUUCUGCUA